AUGAGCACGACGACUGCCCCAGGCCUUGACCAGGUUCCGGCCAACGACUUGUACGACCCGGAGGAGGUAUUGCUCAGGAACAGCCCGCUUCUGCAGCCACUUCGUCCCAAUCUACGACCGGAUCUUAGCUUAGAAUCACCAUCGCCUAGUCCUUCUCCGAGUCCCCCUUUCGGGAAUCGCAAGCCAAACCAAGGCUAUGCCGUUCUGAUUGCCCACCUUGACGGUCACAGGCAAGAGACGUCGGCCUAUGCCGAGAUCGAGCCUCUGCCAUCUGAUCCCGAAUCCGACGACUGUCCUGGCGAAUCGGAGCCGCGGUAUCUUGACAACUCCCCCGACGACAUGUCGAUUACCGAGAAGGGAAAGCUUUUUGAGGGCCAACCGGGAGAAGAUCGUUCGCAAACUAUUGGUGUCAACCAGGAGCCCUCAAUCUACAAAUGCUGGGCCAACUCCCCCAAUAACCGAACAAGGCACAUUAAGGGAUAG